UGGUCCUUUCUUCUCCUCCUUCCUUUUCCUCUCCCAAUAAAAACCCUCCUAAUAUCACAUUCUCUUCUCUAUUGUCAUCCACUCUAUUUUGUUCUUGUUCGUUCUCUCCUCUCUGGUUUCAGAGACCCUUACACAGUUGUCUUCUAUACCUAUACCAAGCAAGUGGCUGUCUCUUAUUCGUACACUUCAAAUUUCCUGUCCUCUCCUUUUCUCUCAAGAAAGUGACCACCAACGUCUCUCUUUGUUUAAGAGUCCUAAGACUGAUGCUACUUUUAGUACAAACAGAGAAAACAGAGUCUUGAUAGAUAAAUCUCUCUCUAUUUCUCUGAUAGUUUCUCUGAUAGUUUCAUAAGUUUGAAGACUUGCACAAAUUCAAGAUCUGGGUCAUUCUUAAAAAUGGCGAAAUCGCCAAGUUCAGAGACAAAAUGUUGUUCUAAUAAGUCUUCUUCUUGUGAUGGGUCUCUGCAGAAUCUGGUUUCUGAUGAUAGAAAGACAGCAGCAGCGACAAAGAGAAGUAGAGGAGACUGUAAUAAUAACAACAAUAAUAAGCAUCCUACGUAUAGAGGUGUAAGAAUGAGAAGCUGGGGGAAAUGGGUAUCUGAAAUUCGUGAACCCAGAAAGAAAUCAAGAAUAUGGCUUGGUACAUUCCCAACACCAGAAAUGGCAGCAAGAGCUCAUGAUGUUGCAGCUUUAAGCAUUAAAGGUAACUCGGCGAUUCUUAAUUUUCCUGAAAUCACUGAUUCACUUCCUCGUCCUGUUUCUCUUUCUCCUCGUGAUAUUCAAGCUGCUGCAACUAAAGCUGCUUCCAUGGAGGAAUUCAAUUAUUUAACCACCACUACCACCACCACCACCACAACAACAUCCUCUUCUUCUUCAUCAUCAUCAUCAUCAUCAGAACAAGAUGAAGAAUUAAGUGAGAUAGUUAAGUUACCAAGUCUUGGAGAUGAUUCACAAAAUGAAUCAACAAUUAAUGAUUUCAUAUUGGUUGAUUCAAUUAAUGAUUAUGGAUGGGUAUUUCCGCCACCAUUAUUACAGUGUUGUUCUGAUGGUGAUCAUGAUUCUGGUUGUGGCUACUCAUUUCUUGAUCAGUUAUUAUCAGGUCCUGAUCAAGAAACUUCUGUUCCCAGUAGUUUUGAAGCUUUGUUGUUAGAUUGUUAGAAAUUAAUUUUAGAAUUUUAUGUGUGAUUUCUUUUUUCUUUUUCUUUGAUCUUUUACUGUACAUAUGUUUGCAAGAUUGCAGUCAACUUUCAUAUGUUUGCAGCAGUAAACACUCUCCUUUCAAUGCUC